AUCUCCCUGUGCCAUUCUCCCCUAGGUCCCAGCGCCACUCCAGCCACUCCCUUAACUUGAUAUCUGUUUACUUUAGAGGAGGCAGGUUUUGAGAACGGAUCAUAAAUAUCCUGGCCCAGUGCCCUAGGAGCCAUGAGAAGCAAAACAACGUACUUGCCUGAAGAUAGCUUUUAUGAUAUUUAAAUGUGUGGGUUAAAUUUUUAUCUACUUCAAUAACUGUUUUUUUUUUUUCUUUGCUUCUUUAGUUUCCUGUCUACCUUUUUACUUUCUAUUUCUGCUCCGAAUCUGUGCAGGAAAAUUACUCCCGGGGCUUAUUUGCAGGACAAACCUGUAACGAAUAGUUUACAUUGAAGGCAUCUAGACUCCUGGUACUUUUCGGAAAUGGCAGGUGUGAGUGGCUGUAUAAAAUAUUCUAUGUUUAUCUUCAACUUCUUGUUCUGGAUAUGUGGUUGCUUGAUCCUGGGAAUAUCAAUAUGGUUACGAGUAAGCAAAAAUACAAAAGAGGUCUUCACUCCUGAGGACUCUAGCGGCGACCCCUUUGUUGCCGUGAAUAUCCUCAUUGCUGUGGGUGCUAUCAUCAUGAUUCUGGGUUUCCUGGGAUGCUGUGGUGCUGUGAAGGAAAGCCGCUGUAUGCUUCUCCUGUUUUUCAUAAGCUUGCUCCUGAUCCUGCUUCUGCAGAUAGCAGCAGGUAUCCUAGGAGCUGCUUUCAAAUCUGAGUCUGUUCGAAUGCUGAAUGAAACACUCCACAGAGAUGUAAAGCUUUUGAGUGAAUCAGGGGAGGAUGGCAAAAAAUUCCGGGAAGCAGUGAGUUCAUUUCAGAAAGAGCUUCAAUGCUGUGGUUUGAUCAAUGGAGCUGCUGACUGGGGAAAUAAUUUUCAACAAAUUUCUUCCUCAUGUGAAUGUCCAAAUACAUCAACUGAUACUUGUACAAUUUAUGAAGGAAAAUACGUUUACAAACAGACAUGCAUUUCUUUGAUUAAAGAUGCAGUUGAAAAAUAUAUCAUCAUCAUUAUUGGAGUAGCAUUUGGACUGGCAGUUAUUGAGAUAAUUGGUUUGGUGUUUUCUAUGGUCCUCUAUUGCCAGAUUGGAAACAAAUGAACCCGUGGACAUGUCAAGAUAUCAUCAGUCAAACCUCUUUAAAAUUUUGCUUCAGUCUUUGUAACUUCAAAUAUACAAGUGCUGUAUAUAUCAAGAGCAGAUGUCUUGUGAAAAUAUCUCAUUUAGCUAGACCAUAGAUAUUUUCUGCUCAUAUUGAACAUAUUUAAGGUUUGAAGGUGUAAGAAAAAUAAAAUGAGGUUGUAUUUUUACUCAAAAUAAAAAAAAUAACAGUUUGCAUGCUGUAUUGGUGUGUCUGUGGUCACUGUGUUUCAGGUAGCUCUGUGCUUACAUUGUUCAUCUAGAGCCACCCAGUGGAACAAUUUUCACCUCCAAAUGACAGAGCCAUAGAUAGUUAAGGCAGUGAAUAUGGGAUUUUCAGAAACAUGAUUCUUAAUGAAGUGUAGCAACCAUUAGUGAUGAGAUUGAACUGUCUCAGUUGAAACAAUUGUGACAAGUAUAGCUUUAAGAGUUUCCUCUCUUCUUUUGUAUAGCCUGGCUGUGAUAGAGUCUUUCUUUUGUAUUAUUGUAUUAUGUGAAUUGCCAACCUCACAGUUUGAGAAUCUCUAUAUUUUUCUUCCAAAUUUAAAUUUUAGUGUCUGGGUGUGUACAGAAGGGUUAUGUAAGUUAAUGGAUACAUUUCUUGUCAAACAUUGUUACUCCCUCAGUCAUUUUAUUUCUUAGAAACAUUUUUUUUGAAUUUUUCUUUUAGUGAAGCAUCAUAUACAUGUAGCAAAGUAAAUGAAUUUGUGUAUGUUCAUAGGCCUGUGUGAGUUUUAUCUGAAUAAUGACUCAAGCUAUCCCUAACUACAGGAAAAUGUGCCUUUGUGCCAUUCCCUAGUGAUAUGCUAUUGCUGACUCAUGUCAAUUUACCAGAUCAGAUUGUAUAUGUGUAUAUUCUCAAAUCUGUUCAGUAAUGUCACAUUGCUAGCUUGGGAUCCACAAUGGUGAGUGUAUUUGUGCCAUAGGAAUUGGGAAAUACUAUAAAAUCAAGUGUUUUUUGUUGUUGUUCUUUGAGGGUUUUGUUUUUGUUUUUGUAUACUGGUUGAUAAACACAUACACUGGAAGGACCAGUAUCGUCACUGAAUCAUGCACUUUUCUAUCUCUUAUGACCAUAGAUUUAUUUUGUCUGCUCUUAAACCUUCUCUAAAUGAAGUAAUAAAAUACGCACUCUGGAUUCUUUUUGCUUAGCAUUUGAUCUGUGUGAUUCAUCUAUUAUGUUGCAUGUAGUAUAGUUAAUUCUCAUAGCCAUUGUGUAUGAACACAUGUAUUUAUCUAUUCUUUUGCUGAUGGGCAUUUGAUUGCAUUAAUAUGAAUAAAAUUGCUAUCAACAUCUCC